AUUCCAUUCAGGCCUCUCGUUUGGAGGAAAGAAUAUCAAUUAUCAAUAUUCUCUCUCUCUCUCUCUCUCUCUCUGUCUUUUGCUUUUUCAUUUUCACUUCGAAAUUCUUCAUACUUCGUUCCGAUUCAGCAAAAAUGCAUUUCUCCAACGCGAAUUUUGCUUCUUCUUCUGCCAUUCCCACUGCAAUUCUUCCACUUCCUUCUCCUAAUCUUGCUUGUUUCAGGAUUUCGCACCGGAAAACUCAUCGGAGUUUCCUUUUCAGUUCAUUGUUCGAAUUUAAGGCGCGCCGAAAUCUCAGAGUUUCGGCGAAUUCGAGUAAUCGUCAAAGUAGCAAUGCCUCAACUGAUUUGGACGUUCCAUUUCCUCGCGAUUAUUCUGAUCUUCUCAAUCAGGCGAAAAAAGCAACUGAAGCGGCUUUAAGAGAUAACAAACAGUUGAUGGAAAUUGAAUUUCCAACUGCUGGACUUGAAUCAGUUCCAGGUGAUGGCGAAGGAGGAAAUGAAAUGACUGAGAGUAUGCAAUUGAUUCGACAAUUUUGUGACUGCUUCAUAGAUCCACUGAAAGCCACUCGGACCAGAGUAUUCUUUCCAGAGGCCAACGAAGUUAAAUUCGCAAGAAACACAGCAUUUGAAGGAGUCUCAUUCAAGUUGGACUACCUCACAAAACCAUCAUUUUUUGAGGAUUUUGGUUUUGUUGAGAAAGUGAAAAUGGCUGACCGUGUGAAACCAGAAGAUGAGCUUUUUCUUGUUGCAUAUCCAUAUUUCAAUGUCAAUGAAAUGCUUGUGGUUGAAGAGCUUUACAAGGAAGCUGUCCAAAACACUACACGGAAACUCAUAAUAUUUAACGGAGAGCUCGACCGCAUUAGAUCCGGCUGUAUCCUUUUAUCAACAUUUUUAUUAUUCAACGAAGAGAGGGUGAAAGACUAUCCGCCAUUUUUCUACCCAAAGCUGGCGGCACUGAUGAAGACUCUCUUCCCCAAGAUGGAGACUGUAUAUUACAUUCACAACUUCAAGGGGCAGAAAGGAGGAGUUCUUUUCAGGUGUUACCCAGGUCCUUGGAAAGUACUUAGGAAAGUGAGGAACAAAUUCGUCUGCGUGCAUCAGCAAGAAGACAUGCCUUCUCUCAAGGAAGUUGCUUUAAACAUUCUUCCUUCAUCUUAAGGGGUUUUUAUUAGUCUAUAUUACCGUCCAUUGUCAUGGGAAGAGAGGAUCCUUUGUUCCUUAGCAUCAAAGUAUUUUCUGGUAAAUGCUACAUCAACACAAUCUGUAUAUUCCCAUCAAAUAUUUGGCGUCCAUAAAAUUGAAGAAAUGGCUAAUAAUAGACAUAGUUUAAAACCCUUUUUUUCACCGA